UCGGUGUUGGGAAAGCAAUCAAAGAGAUCGAUGGCUGUUUCUUACGAGCCGGAGACAUACGUGAACGCAAGGCCAACGUAUCCCAGCGAAUGGUACUCAAAGCUUGCGGCGCUUACCCCUAAUCGGACCUUGGCUUGGGAUGCCGGCACCGGCAAUGGCCAAGCAGCAAUUGGGGUUGCUGAGCACUAUGAACAAGUAAUUGCAACUGAUGUCAGUGAAGGCCAAAUAAAGCAUGCAAUACCACACCCAAAGGUUCGUUAUGUUCAUACCCCACUCUCCAUGUCUGAAGAUGAAUUGGUAUCACUGAUAGGAGGUGAAGGGUCAGUUGAUCUGGUCACUGUGGCUGAAGCUAUACAUUGGUUUGAUCUACGAAGGUUUUAUUCUCUUGUUAAUCGCGUAUUAAAAAAACCCGAAGGUAUAAUCGCUGUUUGGGGUUACAAGAACUUCACCAUAAAUCCGGUUUUCGAUUCAAUCAUGAAUCGUUUCAUUGAGACUGCUAGUCCUUUCUUCAAUCGAAACAUUCUUUACAUAAAAGAUUCCUAUGCCACACUUCCUUUUCCAUUCGAAAAUGUCGGUAUCGGAUCAGAAGGUAAUCCAUUGAUGCUUGAUUUAUCUCAAGAGUUGUCAUUUGAAGGGGUAUUGAACUGGUUAAGCUCAUGGUCUGCAGUCAAUACAGCUAAAGAACUUGGUGUUGAUUUGUUAACUGAAGUUGUGGUUAAAGAGUUUGAGAGUGCAUGGGGUAGUGAUCAGUCUAAUUUGACAAGAACAGUGAACCGCAAGGCUUUUAUGAUUGCAGGAAAACCAAGGAUUUAAGCCAAGCCCACUACUUGAAU